CUUCGGAGGAGGACCACUGCUGCUCUAUAAAUCCAGCUACUUAGCUGCCAUCCAUCCUCUCUUCCAGAUCCCCUCUCCUCUUUCCAAGACUUUUUGACCCACCAACCCGACCUUCAUAGACAGAAAGAAAAGAAAAAGAAAGGCAAAAGCAAAAAUGCACCUCCAAACCCUUCUCCCCAUCCUCCUGACCUCCGCCUCCCUCGUCGCCGCAUCACCGAAUGCUGCUGCUGCUGCCGCUGCCGCUGCUGCGCCGGCAGCAACAACAGCAGCCAGCGCGGGGGACACAGCGCAGUGCGCGAAGAGUAUCCUGGACGCCUGCCUGAAACAGCUCCAACCGCAGAUGGACGCCUGCGCGCAGAACGACUGGGAUUGUCUGUGUACGCAGAGUCAGAACGUGUUGACCUGCUACAACGACUGCCCCUCCGACCCGGGCCGCUACACCGUCACCCAGCAACAAGUGCCCUACUGCAACGCGGCGCAGGCCAACUCGCUGCUAUACUCGACCUCCACCAAGGUGACCAAGACCUCGUCGGCGACCAAGACGAGCGCGCCCACCACCGCCGCGGCCAAAACGACCGCCGCGUCCGCCACGGCCACGGCGCUCGAGUCUUCCGGGGCGGCGGCCGGUGCUGGAUUGGAGCUGGGGUUGGGGGUUGCGGCGGUGGUUUUGGGGGUGUGGGGGUUCUAA